UCAGCACAGAGGGUCUGUCUCUUCUCUUGGACCCUACAAAGCUACAACUGCUGGGCGCAGGCUUCCGCACCACCAAGAGAAGAGAGGAUAACCCUCUCACAGCCAGCGAUCCAGUUCCAGGCAGAGGCAGCCAGCCAUGGCGUCGUUAACCCUCCGCCCCAUCAUACCAUCAACAGCAUCCACGCCCACAACUCCCAAUCGUGCUUCUCCCCGCAGCGGCUCGGCCAUCCUCCGGCGACGCGGGACCCGCCGCCAGCCAUCUGUCACGUGCAAGGCGGAGCCGAGCGGCGGCAACAGCACCCUCGAGCUGGCGGCGGGGGCGGCCGGGCUGGCGUCGAGCGCGACCGUGGCGUGGUCGCUCUACACGCUCAAGGCGACGGGCUGCGGCUUGCCCCCCGGACCCGGCGGCGCGCUCGGCGCGGCGGAGGGCGUCAGCUACCUCGUGGUGGCGGCGCUGGUCGGGUGGUCCGUCACCACCAAGGCGCGCACCGGGUCGGGACUCCCCGCUGGCCCCUACGGCCUCCUCGGCGCCGCCGAGGGCGUCGCGUACCUCACCGUCGCCGCCAUUGCCGUCGUCUUCGGGCUGCAGUUCUACCAGCAGGGGUCGCUCCCGGGUCCGUUGCCGUCGGACCAGUGCUUUGGCUGAAUGGAUGCUGUUUAGUGAACUGUGUGACAAUAUCAUGAAUGCAAUCGAUGACGAAGCAUAUGGGGGAGCAGCUGAAGAAGAUAAAUCUGGGGAUUUAAUUCCUCGCUGCAGGAGACGAAAAUCAGAUUGGGGUCAAAGUUUUGUUGGCUGAAAAUGUAGGAGGAAUUGACCCACGUGUUGACAAUAUGCUGCAGGGCUCCGAGAAUACUGAGAUCCACCCUAGAUGCCCCGAAGGCAUGGGGCAUACAUGCAUGUCGCGGGGGGAGGUCGUGAGGGCUACACGAAGGCGCCUGCAUCGUUGAAUCCGGCUCUACUGGCCACAACGAUCUCGGUGGGGCAUAUCGACCACGGGGUCAGGGCAUCGAGCACGGAGCACGGCGUGCCCAUCUGCUUUUGCAAGUUUUUCCCCAUGGUUAGGUCUCCUCUGUCCUUCCUAUUUCCCCUAUUUUUCGCCCCUAAUUUCCUCUGCAAAACGUCAUCCCCCAAUUCAAGCAUGUCGUGUCCUAGUCUUUGGUGGUGCCGCAGCAGUGUGUUUCCAUGGGCUGAGAGCUAUGUGAUUCGUAAGUUUGUCAUGGUGUUGUGUGAUUCGGAACAAAGCUCAGUGAUGCAUAUCUGGUGGGGCUUGUUGAUCUAAUACAUGAGGUAAUCUCACUGGUAUUAGCAUGUGUUAAAUUGCCCGUUAAAUUGGCCUGAAUUUGGGCCAUGGUUCUGUACCUUAAAUCUGUGUUGCAUUUGUGUAGUGGGAUUUUGCUUGGCCUGAAUUUGGGCCAUGGUUCUGUACUUAAAUCUGUGUUGCAUUUGUGUAGUGCGAUUUUGCUUUCAUUGUUCACAUUUUACUGAUCCCAUUACUGAUUAUGAGUUCCAUUUUUUCCUCUAAUUAAGUUGCAUCAGUGAUCAGGCAAAUCAUUGUGUAGGAUUUGCUUUUUUUUCCUCUAUAAUGAGGAGUUGCACGAGUGGCUAGGCAAAUCAUUCAGUAGUUGGUUUUUAGUGGUCACUGUUCCUAUUUAGCAAUGACAAGACAAGUUGCCCUAGCUAUUUGAAUGGAGCUAUAUCACUGGCUAGGCAAGUCAUUCAGUAGGAUUUGCUUUUUUAGGAUACGUAUUAAGCAAACUUUCUUGAAUAGCUAUUGCGACAUUGUCCAUAUACUCACGAUUACAUGUUUCUUUCACUAACUUCCCCUAUCUUUUUUGUUGUGGCGUCGGUGGAGAAGCGGAGGGCGCGGGCGACUGCAGCGUCGACGAAGGGCUGGGAGAGCUAGGAAGGUGGCGGUGCGUAGGCGAUGGCAUCAUGGCUCUGUUCUGUGUCUAGGUUUGGGGAUGUCCUGGAGCACGCCUACACAUCGAGUACAACAGGUGCAUCUACUGUCAUCCAUUUUUCAUGGUUAGAUGUCUCACGUCCUCCCCCAACCCUCCUGGAUCUAAGCACAUCCCAACAUUUUUCUGUCAAUGUUUUGGUGUUCUGGGUUUGAACCCAUAGCAGAGAUGAACAUUUGUGGGGAUAACCUAUCUUUCCAUCUGUGCUAUGUAUUAAUGAACACACGUAAUAGGUACUUCUGUCAUGGCAAUGUAUUGAAAUUUUUCUAUCCAAAUUAAAUGUACCUUAAUUUUAGCCUUUUG